CAGUAAAGUGCCUCCAACCCUUUGGUUCACUCCUAAGUUCAACAUGCAGGCAUCUCUCUUUACUCUUGCUGGUCUCUGCGCCUUGGCUUGCGCCUUCCCAGAACACGUCAAGAGGCAAAGUCCUUCUCUCGCCUCGGUUCUCUCCCAGAUUUCCUCCCUUCAAGCAGAGCUCCAACCUCCUCCAUCUAUUCUUUCCGAGCUCUCAGGCGUUCCGGCUACAGUAACAGCAGCCCUUAAUAAUCCGUCAUUAGUCUCCGUGCUCCAGAGCCAAAUUAAUGCCAGUGGCUUUCCAGGGUGGUACAGUUCUCUUGCGCCUGAUGCACAAAGUUGGGUCAUCAGCGUUGCAGGAGUAGCCGCGACCGUUAUUCCGGAAAUUGUCUCGCUCGAAGUGGCUGCUAGCCUCACCACUCUUGCUGGUGGGACAGGCAGUGCAACAGCAACGACAUCUUCAAUGACGAAAUCACACUCUAACAGCACAAUGUCCACCACGAGCAAGGCGACUCCCACUCUGACUCCCACGACAAAGGCCUCAAGCUCCCCUGUGCCUUCGAAGUCGAGCAGCGCAGGUGCUGCACCCACAAACAUCGCUGCAGCUGGUAUUCUAGGGGCGGUUGGGUUCUUGGGGCUGGUUGUGGCUUUAUAGGGAAUGAUUUGCAGGAAGUUGCAUUAUACGAACAGGCUGGGACAGUUUUGGAAAAGCAUGACGGACUGGGAAAGCGGCAUUGACUUCCUAUUAUCCAUCUGGAAACGAAUGGGGAGAUUUCUUGUACUUACUUAUGAAGGAGAAAGAAUACUUCAG